AUCGAAAGGGAAACUAACCACUAUUUAAGAGAGAGCCGUUACUUUUUUUAUUCAAUAUGAGAAUAUCUACUUCUUAGAGAGGAAGAGAGGAAGAGCACCCACUGCACUGAGUCUGAGACUCUGAGGCUGAAAUGUAAACGUCGUCAUCCUCCAUAAGAUGCCGAAGAAGAACAGAAGUCGUAGGCAAGAUGAUGCUUAUUCAGAUGAAGAAGAAGCUGAGGAGUUAGAAGGAAUUCCACAGGCUUCUAAAAGGAAUGUAGAGGAGAAAGGAGUGCAGACAACACCUAAAGAUCAGUAUGGUGCGUUUGACUUUCGUGCACAACUAGAGCUUAGAGAUGAUUAUACUUCCAGACCCUUGUGGGUAGCUCCAAAUGGCCACAUUUUUUUGGAGAGCUAUUCCCCUGUAUACCAGCAUGCUAAGGAUUUCCUCAUCACAAUUGCAGAACCAGUCUGCCGUCCAGAAUUUAUCCAUGAAUACAAACUUACUGCUUAUUCAUUGUAUGCAGCUGUAAGUGUUGGUAUGCAAACACAUGAUAUAAUUGAAUAUCUUCGUAGGUUGUGCAAGACUUCGUUGCCACCAGGUAUUUGUGACUUUAUCCAGAGUUGCACACUGUCAUACGGAAAAGUGAAACUUGUUCUGAAGAAGAAUCGUUACUAUGUAGAAAGUGACUUCCCAGAAGUUAUUCAGAAACUUGUGAAACACCCGGCCGUACAGGAGUGCAUGUUAAGGCCAAGUGAUGGAGUCUUCAGUUCUGAAAAACAAAAGUCUCAGGCCAUUAUGUUUACAAGUCAUCAAGCUCAGAUGGCUGGGGGAGGAGAUAAUCCUGAAGAAGAGGAUGCAGAUAAAGAUCCAAAAGAUGGAACAACUGUAAUACCAGAAGAUAUAAAUGACCUUUAUGAGAAAUUGGACAAGGCAGAUGAUGAUGAAGAUGAAGAAAGAGCAUCCCAUACAGUUUCAUUUGAGGUUAAUCAGGAUAAAAUUGAAAAUCUACAGAAAACUUGUAUUGGCUUAGAUUAUCCUCUACUUGCUGAGUAUGAUUUCAAAAAUGACACAGUUAAUGAGUCCAUAAAAAUAGAUUUAAAACCAUCUGCAGUAUUACGACCUUACCAGGAAAAAAGCCUCAGGAAAAUGUUUGGAAAUGGAAGGGCCAGAUCAGGAAUCAUUGUACUUCCAUGUGGUGCUGGAAAGAGUUUAGUGGGAGUUACUGCUUGCUGCACCGUCAAUAAAAAGGCUCUAGUUUUAUGUAAUUCAGGAGUUUCAGUAGAACAAUGGAAGCAACAGUUUAAGAUGUGGUCGACUGCAACAGAUGAUAUGAUCUGCAGAUUUACUUCUGAUGCCAAAGACAAGCCAUUCAAUGCUGGUAUUUUAAUUACCACAUAUGCUAUGAUAUCUCACAACCAGAAGCGAGCUUAUGAAGCAGAGCAGACAAUGAACUGGUUGAAAGAGCAAGAGUGGGGAAUUAUGGUUUUAGACGAAGUGCACACAAUACCUGCAAAAAUGUUCAGGAGAGUACUUACUAUUGUCCAGUCACACUGUAAAUUAGGCUUAACUGCAACUCUUGUUCGUGAGGAUGACAAAAUUGCAGAUCUCAAUUUUCUCAUAGGACCAAAAUUAUAUGAGGCUAAUUGGUUGGAACUUCAAAAAGAAGGCUAUAUUGCCAAAGUUCAGUGUGCUGAAGUAUGGUGUCCAAUGACACCAGAGUUUUACCGUGAAUAUUUAAAUGGUAAGGUUUCUGAUCAGAAAAUCAAGCUUUUGUGUGGUAUGAAUCCUAAUAAAUUCAGAACUUGUGAAUUUUUGAUCAAGUAUCAUGAAAACAGAAAUGACAAAAUUAUUGUGUUUAUUGAUGAAGUGUAUGCACUGGUGCACUAUGCUAAAACAAUGCAAAAAAUGUAUAUUUGUGGCAAAACAAAUCAAAAAGAGAGAAUGACCAUCAUUCAGAAUUUCAAAUUGAAUCCAAAAGUGAACACCAUAUUCUUCAGUCGAGUGGCUGAUACAUCAUUCGAUAUUCCUGAGGCAAAUGUUCUGAUUGAGAUUUCCUCUCAAGGUGGUUCACGUCGUCAGGAAGCUCAGAGACUGGGUCGUAUUCUUCGAGCCAAGAAAGGCGCAGUCGCAGAGAAUUACAAUGCCUUCUUCUAUGCCCUUCUGUCUCAAGACACCAGAGAAAUGGGAUAUUCUAGGAAGAGGCAGAGUUUUCUAAUCAACCAAGGUUAUGCUUAUCGUGUUAUAACACCAAAACAGUUGGUGGGAAUGGAUGAGGAGCAACUCCAUUAUACCACUAGAGAAGAGCAGGUUCAUCUUCUUGAGCAAAUUCUAGCUGCUUCAGAGUCAGAUAUGUAUGAGGAAGGACAGUCUUUAGAUAAAGGCGGCAGUUCUCAUCGUCGUGUUGGUAACAUGAGUUCCAUGUCUGGUGCUGAUGAUUCUGUGUAUGCUGAGAAGAGAAAAGGUGGGAAGAAGGAGCAUUUGCACUACCUUUUCAAAAAGUUCAGGUCAUAGUCAUUCUAAAAAAUCUAUUAUUUUUUAUGAUGUGGGAUAGGAAUUUGAUUAAAUUUUUGGCUUCAAAUAAAAUGUCAAAAUAGUUAAUCGACUGUUAGACAUGUUGCAUCUCACUGUGUCAUGGAGUAGUGAUGUAUUUCCCGUUUUAUGAAGUAAUUUAAUUUUUACUACAGUAUAUUACACAUAUGCUUAACAGGAAAUACAAUGAUUUCUUUAAGCUCUGUAAACAAGGAAAACAAAUUCUAUAUGAAAUUUACCUAAAGCGUUGUAUCUGUUGUUUCAAUAUUUUCUCCAGAAAUUUAUGUACAGGUUCAAAACACUGAUUGCAAAGUGCAUUUUCAGACAUUUAUCAUUAAUAUACAGCAUAUGAAGUUCUUAUUACCAAAUUUUAUGUAAGAAGAAAUAUUUCUGUGAUAGCAUUUAUUUUGAGGGUCCUUGUUUGAUGUAAAAAUUCCUAUAUGACAGACUUACAACUCAGCUGUUCUUGAAUUAAUCUCAUUUUAUUAUUAAGGUUUUAUAUGUUCAAGUAAUUUGUAUCUUUAAAAUUAUAUAAUGAAUGUAUUACUGUAUGUACUGUAAUAUAUAUUUUCAGUAAUAUAUAAAGUAUUCUUAA